GGGAGAUUCUGACACUGGAGCACAGCGGAGGGAGGGCAGGAAGGAAGAUGGAACCUGAGGGGAAAGAAAAAAAGAUGGCAUCGGCCUGGCUGGAGCAAAGCAUGCAGGCCGGCGUGAAGACGGCACCUACCCGUCUCCAUCCUGGAGGGCACCCCAGCAGGCCCCCAAAUAUGUGUCAAAUCAGGGGUGUGCCCUGGACACCCCAAGACAAGCCUCUGGGGCACAAAAGCCGGCACCCCUCCACCCGCACGCCUCCAUCGGCUUCUGCUCAGGGCCCAGGGGCAGAUCUCUCCAUUAAAAUAUACCAUUCUGAAUCUAAAGACUUAGACAAUGCCCCAAGAAUCGAAACAUCUGAAAGUACUGCAAAAAUGUACAAAGUGUCAACCAUGAAACGAAUAUUCGAUGUGGCCAAGCGUCGAACAAAAAGGUCAACCUUUUUCCCAACUGGUGUUAAAGUCUGUCCACAGGAAUCCAUGAAACAGAUUUUAGCCAGUCUUCAAGCUUAUUAUAGAUUGAGAGUGUGUCAGGAAGCAGUAUGGGAAGCAUAUCGGAUCUUUCUGGAUCGCAUCCCUGACCCAAGGGAAUACCAGGACUGGGUCAACCUCUGCCAGCAGGAGACUUUCUGCCUCUUUGACAUUGGAAGAAAUUUCAGCAAUUCCCAGGAGCACCUGGAUCUUCUUCAGCAGAGAAUAAAACUGAGACACUUCCCUGAGAGAAAAGAUGAAAUAUCUACAGCAGAGACAUUCGGAGAGCCUGGGGAGACCCCUGUGUUUUCUACAGAUGUUGCCAAUGUCUCCGUUGGACCCUUCCCUCUCACUCUGGAUGUCACGCUCUUCAGUGACACCAAGAAGCCUACAAUAGAAAAAAAAGUUGAAUCCACUAAGGUAUCCAAGGGCCCACUGGAGCAGAAGGUGGAGCUGAGCAUCACUCUGGCAAAUCAGAGGUUCAAGGCAGAACUCACUGACUCCCAGUCCCAGUAUUAUCAGGAGCUGGCAGCAAAGUCUCAACUCCAGAUGGAAAAGGUAUUUAAGAAACUUCCAGGAUUCAAAGAAAUCCAUGUGCUAGGAUUUAGUUCAAGCUCCAUAGAGACACGACUUAUGGCCAUCUUUAAGAGAGACAGUGCAGAAGUAAAAAGCCCUGCAAGUGACCUCCUGUCUUUUGAUUCCAACAAAAUUGAGAGUGAAGGAGUCCCUCAUGGAAUGAUGGAGGAGGACAAGCAACCAGAAAUCUAUCUGACAGCUUUAGACCUCAAAAAAUUGAUCAGCAGAGCACUGGAGGAAGACAAAUCCUUGGAUGUGGAAACAAUUCAGUUCGCUGAUGAAUUUUUUGGGUCAAUGCCAGGCUUCGAUCCUGACUUCCACUCAGUGCUGCCUACACUCCUUGCUGAUAUCACAAAGGAUGCUACUUUGAGUCCAGAACUUCCUCUUGGUCAAUCCAGGCUUGAGACAGUGGGCAGAACAGGACACAGUAUACCUGGUCAUUUCUUGGAGACUACCACUCCCAAUCCAGCUUUACAGUACAUCACCACUAACUCUAUGACCGUUGCCGCCAAGGGCCAAGAACUGGUAGUCUUCUUCAGUCUGCGAGUCGCUAACAUGCCCUUCUCCAACAACCUGUUCAACAAGAGCUCUCUGGAGUACCAAGCUCUGGAGCAACAAUUCAUACAGCUGCUGGUUCCCUAUCUGCGCUCCAAUCUUACGGGAUUUAAGCAACUUGAAAUACUUAACUUCAGAAAUGGGAGUGUGAUCGUGAAUAGCAAAAUGAGGUUUGCUAAGUCGGUGCCCUAUAACCUCACCAAGGCUGUGCAAGGGGUCUUGGAAGAUUUUCGUUCUGCUGCAGCCCAACGACUUGACCUGGAGAUAGACAGCUACUCUCUUGACAUUGAACCAGCGGAUCAAGCAGAUCCCUGCAAAUUCCUGGCCUGCGGCGAAUUUGCCGAGUGUGUGAGAAAUGAGCGGACCGAGGAAGCAGAGUGUCGAUGCCGACCAGGGCACGAGAGCCGGGGGCGUGGGCACCACCGGGACCCGGGCCUCUGUGCCCCCGCAGAGGAAUGUAAGGUCAUCCAGGGAAAGGGAGCUCCGUGCAGAUCGCCGGGUCACUCUAAAAAUCAAGCAUUCAAAACUAGUGUUAAGAAGUUGCAACAUCAGCAAAAUAACAAGAUAAUCAGGAAAAGAGAUCCUGAAUUACUGACUGGAGGAUAUGAAGAAUUUAACUAUCAAGAUUGGGAAGGAAAUUAAAAACUAAAAAUGUACAGAUUAUAACUUAAUCUGUCUCAAGAGAAAUGGUCUGUUUUCUCAAGGAAAAUUGUAUCCACUCUGUUAAAAUUCUGAAAACAUGUGCAGGCAUAUUCACUGGUCAUCGGAA